CAGCGCGUUCACAUGAGCUUUACCUUCUAGACCUCUACCUACAAAAACUGAGCAUACAGACCUAUUUCUUUUUCGAUCCUCAAGGACGCCAGCACACGCUAAUCUUCUAGACUCGCCCAGCGGACCCUGUACUGCAUUGCGCUUACUACCGCCCGUCGUCUGACCCGCUUCAAGGCAACAUCCGCACUUGAACAUCGUCCAUACUUCAGGCCCAACAACUCUCAAAGCGACGGGGUAAACUGCCAUGUUUCGCGGACAGUCGAAUAUUUUCGAUGAUGUCGUGGUCAAGGCUACAGACGAGAACCUCACGAGUGAGAACUGGGAAUACAUUUUGGAUGUAUGCGACAAGGUCGGAUCCUCCGACACAGGCGCAAAAGAUGCAGUUGCUGCCAUGAUUAGGCGGUUGGCACACCGGAACGCUAACGUACAACUCUAUACCCUUGAGCUUGCAAAUGCUUUGAGCCAGAACUGCGGAGCCCAAAUGCACAAAGAGCUUGCCUCACGAAGCUUCACCGAGGCGUUGCUAAGGCUCGCAAACGACCGCAACACACACCAGCAAGUCAAGGCCAAGAUCCUGGAGCGCAUGGCAGAAUGGACCGAAAUGUUUUCCCAUGACCCAGAUCUCGGAAUCAUGUCAAGCGCAUAUAUGAGGCUAAAGUCACAGAAUCCCAACCUCCGCGCACCCUCGAAGCCACAAAAGACACAGAUUUCGGAUGCCGAGCGCCAGAAGGAGGAGGAGGAACUACAGAUGGCUCUUGCUAUGUCGAUAAGAGAGUCUAAAGGCGCAGCUCCAACGGCCGCCAGUUCCAACAACCCUCAGCAAAGCGGAUCCGGAUCCAGCGCCCAACGAGAACAACCAGCGCAGCCUGUGCCUCAAGGCACAACCGCCGCAACUGUGUCGCGAGUACGGGCGCUCUUCGAUUUCCAGCCGUCAGAACCCGGUGAACUACAGUUCCGCAAGGGCGACAUCAUCGCUGUGCUCGAAUCGGUAUACAAGGACUGGUGGAAGGGAUCGCUACGUGGACAGACUGGUAUUUUCCCGCUCAACUACGUGGAGAAGUUGCAAGACCCGACGCGCGAGGAACUUGAACGGGAAGCACAGAAUGAAGCCGAGGUGUUUGCGCAAAUAAGGAAUGUAGAGAAGCUGCUUGCCCUGUUGAGCACCAGCUCGCAACCUGGUGGUGGUGAUGCGCGAGAUAAUGAGGAGAUUACAGAACUCUAUCACUCGACCCUAGCUAUCCGGCCAAAGCUGAUUGAGCUCAUUGGCAAGUACUCUCAGAAGAAAGAUGACUUUACACAAUUGAAUGAAAAGUUCAUCAAGGCUCGUCGAGACUACGAAUCAAUGCUAGAGGCAUCCAUGUCGCAGCCACAGCAACCCCCAUACGGUGGUCGUCCCGCUUAUGGCGCAUACAAUGCCCCUCCCCCCUCAAAUUAUCCGGCGUACCCACCAACAUCCUCUACACCGCACCAAGAUCCGGGUCGUUUCAACUACGGCGGGCCACCUCCUGCACAACAUGCACCCCCGUCUCAGGCCCCAUCGACAGGCCCUGCCUUCUUCAUGGUGCCUCCUGGAGAGCAACGGACGCAGCAAACCCCGCAACCGGGACUACCAUCUGAUCCUUACUCACUACCACCAGGCAGAGUGCCUGUUGGCGGCCGACCACUAAGCUAUGGACCUCAGGAAUUAUCGACAGCGCAUUACGAUUCACCUGUAGACAACCGAAACUCUUUCCACGGCCCUAGCCAGUCUCAAGGUCCUUCAGCACCACAGGGAUACGACUAUCCGCCUGCACAGCAAGGAAACGGUUAUCCUCCACAACAAGGCCCUCCACAAGGCCAGCAGAAUCCUUACGAGCAACUGACGUCGCCGCCUCCACAGGGGCCGCCACAGGGACCGCCACAUGAUCAGCAUGCGCCAGAAUCGCAUUCACAGCAGCCACCUCAACAAGGACAUGGUUAUCCACCUGCACAACCUGGAUACGCCCCGCCAGCCCCACCGGGAACUGCUUCUAGUCCUGCGCCACAAGGGUACCUUCCGUAUCGACCAGGAGGGCAAGUGCCGAGUGCGCCGCCCGUAGGAGGAGAUGAUGCUUCUGGCUUUUACCGAUAGAAGCGACCUUUGAGGGACUGGUGGAUCGGGACAUCGUGUAGUUGUAAAGUGUUGCACUAGGUAUUAUUAGUGGAUGGAGUUAGUGUGGCCUCGAGAAUGAAGAUACCAUGGAAUCUUUUGUAAGAUAUUUUUGGACAAGUUGCAUGUGCUCGAUUAGUUUGACCGCGAGGAAAGGGAAAAAAAGAGAGUUGCUAGAGAUUGCCGUUUUCCUCAUUGUCUUUUGCUAAAAAGUGGGAAAUUUGGGGAUUCUUUGUCUACCAUUGUUUUUGUAAUUUCAACAAAGGCCGAUCGAUAUCAGUAGUUUUGGUUUCAAUUUUAUCUUGUUUCCCCCGGCAAACAAUCAUUGUUUAUUCUUUCUGCCCUUUUUUCCGCACUUUUUCUUUCUUACGUAUUGCAAAUCAGGGAUUGGUAACGGUAAUG